CAACAGAGGAGUGUUGCAGCUUUCUAUCUAUCUAUCUGAUAUCAAGUAUAUACAGAAGAGUUGCUGUGAGUAAGUCAAGAGACCUCUUUUUGGAAUCUUGUCGUCUUUCUAUAUAUCAAACCAGCGGCGAUCAUCAACCGCAAGCCAAAGCCCCCUCCCUCUCGCAGCACGAGACAAAAAUGGCACCAAAAGUCCGUGUCGGGAUUGUCGGCCUGUCCAGUAAACCGGGUGCGUGGGCGACGUUGGCUCACCUGCCCCGACUGGCUUCGUCACCAAACUACCAGAUUGUGGCAUUGUGCAACUCGUCGUUGGAGUCGACCAAAGCCGCCAUCAAAGCGCACAACCUCCCGCCGACGACCAAGGCGUACGACACGUACGAGGCGCUCGCGGCGGACCCGGACGUCGACCUGUACGUGGUGUCGACCCGAGCCGACACUCACUAUGACGUCGCGAUGCCGGCUUUGAGGGCAGGGCGCAACGUCUUUGUGGAAUGGCCCCUCGCCGCCACCACCGAGCAGGCGAGGGAGAUGGCGGCGGUGGCCAAGGAGAAGAACCUCCGGACCGUCAUCGGCCUGCAAGGGCGCAUGGCGCCGAGCGUGAGGAAGGUCAAGGAGCUGGUCGACACGGGCGCGAUCGGGGAGAUUCACAGCGUCAACUACCAGGGGGCCAUCCACGUGUGGCAGAACAACGCGGCGGGCCAGAGGUACCACUACUUCAUGGACCGGACCGUGGGAGGGAACCUACUGACGAUAUACGGGGGGCACGUGCUCGACUCGAUCCUCUACGCGGUCGGGGAGCUGAAGCCGGGCAGCUACACGCCCAUGGCGGUCAACUUGAGGCCCCGGAUGCACGUCAUGAAGGACGACGGGUCGCUGUCGGAGGAACUGUACGACAAGGACACACCCGACCAGAUCCUCCUGCAGGGAAGGUUGGACAGACACCCUUCGGCCGCGUUCAGCUUCCACCUCAGAGCUGGGGACCGGUUCAUCGGCUGCCCCGGGUCGACGUGGAGAAUAUACGGGACCAAAGGGGAACUGGCCGUCGAGUUUGCCAGUGCCGGGCCACAAAUGGCCAAGGCCGUCAGCAUGCGGUUCUCGAAUGCCGAAAAGGGUGUGGUCGAGGAUAUCGACGUCGACGAGGGUGGCGAUGAGUGGACCGGGUUGCCGACACAGGGCCAAAACAUUGGUCGUCUGUACGAGGCGUACGCUCAGGGUCAGCCUUAUGGGGAUUUCGACCUUGCCGUCAAGAGGCACGAGUUGAUUGAUGAAUUCUGGGCUAGUCUGUCACUUUGAUAUACCUAGGUAGGUAUGUUAUACAGUAACCCGUACAUAUGAGGGUAACGAGUAAUGUGUGUAUGUGUGUGUGUGUG